UCAGCCAACGUAACCCACUCAAAUGAAACAAAAGAUGAAGAUCUCAGCAAUCUUAUUGCUUACGGCGAUUACAUUCUCUACUGCAAAUGAUUGCAGUCGUGUGACUGAGAACGGGAAAUGCUGUCAUUUUCCGUUUAUUUUCGACGGUUAUAUGUUUUAUGGUUGUACUACUUAUGGCUGGAAUAGAGAAUGGUGCAGUCUCACGGAUUCCUAUGACAGGGACGGACAGUGGGGAAAUUGUCUUGAAGUUCCGACGACAGUUCCUACUACCCCUCCCUUAGCAACUACAUCCAGUGGGUCAUCAGGAGGAGGAUCAUCAUCAGCCCUCAAAUGCGGGAUUAAGCCACCCAUGUCACGUAUAGUUGGUGGUCAAACGGCCGAAAAGGGCAGCUGGCCAUGGCAAGCUAUGUUAGCCUCCCGUGGUGGAAGCCAGUUCUGUGGAGGAUCUCUCGUUGAAGAAAACUGGGUGUUGACAGCCGCUCAUUGUGUUUAUGGUUCUUCAGAGGAUCGCAUUGUUGUAAGGAUGGGUGCUCACCGCAUUACGGACAUCGGGGAAGAAAUAGAAGUGGAGAAAAAAUUUGAGCAUGAGGAUUACAACCCUGACAAUUUCCAGAACGACAUUGCGCUGCUUAAACUGAAGAACAGUGUGACGAUCGGCCCAGAUGCAAGACCCGUAUGUCUGCCUGACGAAAACCAGCUCCUAAUGCCAGACAAGAAAUGCUAUAUAACAGGAUGGGGAACGCUAAAAAGCGGGGGUGAACAGCCAGAUUACCUUCAAGAAGCUUCGGUACCAAUCGUUUCUGAAGCAAAAUGUAAGAGGGCCUACGGUGAUUCAAAUAUUCAUGAGUCCAUGAUCUGCGCUGGUCUUGACAUUGGAGGAAUUGAUGCCUGCCAAGGUGAUAGUGGCGGACCUAUGGUGUGUGAAUUCAAUGGUAAAUGGUAUCUCGAGGGCGCUACCAGCUGGGGAUACGGUUGCGCGUUGCCUAACAAGUAUGGAGUUUACGCUAAAGUGCGUCACCUAAAAGAUUGGGUUUUGAAAAAUAUGAAGAACAAUUAAAGGAUGUCCACGUUAGAUUACUGACACAUCACAAAUGAAAAAAAAUGUAUUUUCUUUGGGUUAGAAGAAUAAAGGGAUAAGAAAGAUUAAAAUUU